AUGUCCCCGUCCCUCCCCGCCCUGCUCUGCCUUGGGCUGUGUCUGGGGCCGGCGACCGCGGUGCCUGAGGGCGCGCUCCCCAAGCCCUCACUGCAGGCGCUGCCCAGCCCGCUCGUGCCGCUGGGGCAGCCGGUGACGCUCCGCUGCCAGGGCCCCCCGGGCGCGGCCUUGUACCGCCUGGAGAAGCUGCGCUCGAGCACCUACAAGGACCAGGCGGUCCUCGCCGUGGCCGCCAUGACGCAGGAGGCCGCCGGCCGCUACCGCUGCUCCUACCAGGACGGCUCGCGGUGGUCCCCGCCCAGUGACCAGCUGGAGCUCGUGGCCACGGGCGUGUAUGGCAAGCCUGUGCUCUCGGCCAAGCCCAGCCCGGCGGUGUCCCCCGGAGGGGACGUGACGCUGCAGUGUCACAGCCAAUAUGGCUUCGACCGGUUUGCUCUGUACAAGGAGGGGGACCCCAGAGCCGCCCAGAAACCCGAGAAGUGGUACUGGGCCGACUUCCCCCUCGUCACGGUGACGGCGGCUCACAGCGGGACCUACCGCUGCUACAGCUUCUCCAGCGCCAGCCCCUACCUGUGGUCGGCCCCCAGCGACCCCCUGCGGCUCGUGGUCACAGUUACUGAUGUGCCCACCGUCCGGAUGCCCACAGACUCUCCUGCCUCCGUGCCAGAGCUCCCAGAAGCCUCCAGGAAGCCGAACAUGUCUGUCACAAGCAGGGCCUCCGCCACAGAGUCUUCUAGGAGUGUCCUUGUCGCUCCGAAGGGGUCCGUGGCCCCAACCGGUCCCUCCCGGCUGCGCUACACGCAGGGCAACCUGGUCCGCAUGGGCCUGGGCGCGGCGCUUCUGGUGCUCCUGGCGGCGCUGCUGGCCGAGGACUGGUACAGCCGGAGGACGCUGCCCGCGCGGGCCCGGGCCGUGCACAGGCCGCUGCCGCCGCUCCCCCAGCCCCAGAAGUCCCCCCGCCGCCAGGACGGGGGUCCCCGCGGAGGCCACCCCUAG